AUGUAUUCACUACUACUAGCCUUUUUCACUGGACUCGCCGCGGUUGCUGCUGCUCCCGACGAGCUUCAAGUCGUUACCACCGCCGGUCCAGUCAUAGGCCACUACGCAAAGAACGGCAACCUGACGAUCGUGCGCGAAUUCCUAGGAGUCCCAUACAGCCGGCCUCCGGUUGGCGAGCUACGAUUCCAGCCUCCACAGCCACCAACGCCAUGGUCCGAUCCGGUGGUGGCGGCGAACUUUGGCGCAAGUUGUUGGCAGUCCCCGUUCGAAGUUGGUCUGAUCAGGCAGCCGCCGCCGAGUCGCGAGUCGGAAGAUUGUCUCACAGUUAACGUCUGGGCACCGAGUAAGUCGAGGGCAACCAAUGGAGGUGCCGCCGUCAUGCUGUGGACCCAUGGAGGUGGGUUUGCUUGGGGCACCAGCGAGACGAACAUGUACAAUGGUGCCAACAUUGUACGAGAUCAUGAAGGCGUGAUUGUCGUAUCGUACAAUAAGUCGAGGCUCGACCGGAUGCGAGAGGGAGAUUCAUACUCAUGUUUUAGCCGUCUGAAUCUGUUCGGAUUCCCGGCCGCGCCUGGACUGAACGCCACGCAACUGAACCCAGGGUUGCUUGACGUGCGGAGGGCCGUCGAAUGGGUGUGGGACAACAUCGCAAACUUCGGAGGGGACCCCCACAAAAUCACCAUCUUCGGCGAAUCCGCCGGUUCCGCAGCUAUCGACGCGUACCUCUACUUCGCCAAAAACGAUCCGAUCAUCCGCGGCGCAAUCCUGCAAAGUGGUGCAAUAACCAUCCCCUCCGGAUCAGGUGGAGAACCCAGCCGCUUCGGCCCGCGCACCAUGAACUGGAACAAUCUUAGCGCAGCCGUCAACUGCCCUAUCUCACCAGCUGCCACGAAUCUCGAGUGCAUCCGCAAACUCCCUGCAGCGACGCUAUUCAACGCCACAGCACGCUACAACAUCUCCUUCGCCCCCGUGGCCGACAACGGAACCAUAUUCUCCGACACCGCGCACCGCCUGCAACGCGGGAAUUUUGCGCGGGUGUCCGUUCUGAUCGGGAGCAAUGAUCAGGAGAUUCCUGGAGCUUCACCCGCCGCGGUCAACGCCACGCUGACAGGAUUCACCUGCCCUGCUGCGAAAAAUGCCGCCGGACAUGCCAAGUUCGUGCCCACGUGGAUGUUCCGCUGGUUCGGUGACUUUCCCACGUAUCCUGGUGCCCCAUCGCUGGGACCAUACCACGGAACAGAAAUCUCGAACAUCUUUGGCACCUUCAACUCGGCGAUCGCAACCUCGGAACAAAUCGCCUCGAGCAAGUACGUCCAGGCGGCAUGGGUAGCAUUCGCGAAAAAUCCGACACGAGGACUCGCUAGAUAUGGCUGGCCCACCUAUAAUCCGUAUAGACCUACACUCGUCAGACUGGCGGUCAACAAUACCGCGAAAGCUUCGUUCGCGAUGCCGGCGACGUAUCAUUCCGCUUGUUGA